CUCUGCUUGUCUUCUCAUCCCGGGAGGAGGGCAAGGCCAUGGGUCUGCCCUUGCUGCUGCCCCUGCUGCUGUCCCUGGCAUCUCUGCAGGCAGGUCACUGGGCAGAACCCAAUCCAAACACUGACUUCGGGAUGAACCAACCACAGAAACUCUCAGCCCCCAAGGGUGGCUCCGUCCGCAUCCCCUUCUCCUUCUAUUACUCCUGGGAAUCAGCCACGGUUCCCAACGUGAGGAUAUUCUGGAGAUGGAAACACUACCAUGGGGAGUUCAUCUACAACACGACCCCGCUGUUCAUCCACAAGGAUUUCAAGGACCGGCUCCUCCUGAACUGGACAAAGGGUGGGCAGAGCGGCUCCCUCCAGAUCUCGAAACUGCGGAGGGAUGAUGAGUCUACGUACUUCUGCCGGGUGGAGGUGGACACGCUGAAAGAAGGCAAGCAGACGUGGCAGUCCAUCGAGGGAACCGCACUCACCGUCAUCCCCACUGCUAAGCCAACCACCCUGGGCUCCACUACACCUAGCAUCAGGGUCCCAGAUGGCAAAAAGAGUUCAGAGUUGUGGUCCCUAAGUAUGGAAACUACAGUUGGGUUGUCAUUGGCCAGCGCUAUGCUCAAAAUCGCGAUUUUGGGAUGGAUCAUGUACCUCAGGUGGAAGAGAAGCAAAGGUCUGCAGACUAAAGCCAGAACCCCAGCCAGGGGAUCCUUCCAAAACCCGGAGGAGAAAUACGAGAACAUUGGGAAUAAAGGACAACAUGCAGGCCCCAAGCCUGUAUGUUUUCCAAGCUGGACACCAAGGAUGACGACAUCUUCUAUGCCUCCCUCGCCCUCUCCAGCUUGACCUCACCAGCAGCGCCUCCCCACCCGCCUCCCCAAGAGGGCCCCCAGGAAGAG